AUGUUUGCCUCUACAUGGACUGGCCAUGAACCGGUUCAGAUUACACUUCAAUCGCCACCGUCUAAACCAGUGGAAAGGUCAUGGCAGCUUAAUGAGACACUGCUUAACGACCUGGUAGUAAAGGAUCAGAAAGCCCAGGCACUUGCCUUGUAUUUCACAGAUAAUGAGUCAGCAGACUUAUCCCAAAUGACAGUAUGGGAGGUGCACAAGAGCGUUCUUAUGGGGUGCUUUGUCCAACUGGCUACACAAAAAAAGAAAGAGGCAGUGAGUCAAAUGUCAGAUUUUACUGAUCGCAUCUCGGACUUGGAGUCUUGUCAUAAAUGA